AGAAGCUGCUCAUCCCACUCUCACUCCUUUCUUCUUCUUGGUUUUUCUUGGAACCACACAGAGAUGGAGAGGGAAAGAAACAAACAGGCUUCCCCAUUCAUCACCAUUUUGGUUGCUGCACUGCUUUCUCAAAACUUGCUCAUUCCUGUAAUCGCUACCAGUGUUGAAGAUCAAAAGAACUAUUACUCUCCAGACCCACAUGCUGGAAGACCCCCCAGUGGUUCACACAGGACUCCUCCUUCUGGAACUUCACCAAGACAUGGAGGUACCACACCUUCACACGGAAGCUACAACCCCACACCCUCACAUGGAAGCUACAACCCCACACCUUCUACAGGUGGCGGAGGAAGUUAUGGAACCCCAACACAUGAUCCAACUCCAUCAACUCCUACAGGUGGCGGUGGUGGUGGAUACUACCACUCUCCUCCAACUACUGGUGGUGGUGUUGGUGGUUCGCCACCGCUUGUCUUAAGCCCACCAACCACUCCAAUAUCUAUUGACCCGGGUACACCUGGUAUCUCCAUACCCACACCUCCAUUUCUUCCUGAUCCAAACUCACCCUUCACUGGUACAUGCAAUUAUUGGAGUACACACCCGGGUGCGAUAUGGGGUCUGUUGGGCUGGUGGGGGACUCUGGGUGGAGCAUUUGGCGUAGCUAGCGUUCCAGGAUUUGGGGCAAAUAUCAGCUUGCAGCAAGCACUUUCAAACACACGUACUGAUGGGCUGGGGGAACUAUACCGGGAAGGGACUGCUUCCUUGCUGAACUCCAUGGUGAAUAAGAGGUUCCCUUUCACAACCAAGCAAGUUAGGGACCGUUUUGCUGCAGCACUCAGCUCAAACAAGGCUGCAGCAGCACAGGCCCACCUCUUCAAGUUGGCUAAUGAGGGCAAACUCAAGCCUAGAGCCUGAAAAUGACUUAGGUCUAGUUACCCUCAAUUUCUUCUUGAUCUGAAUAUGCGCCUAUGAGAUUUAGUUUAUGGGUUUCUGCGUGCAUUUUAUUUGUUAGUGUGUUAUUUGGAUGUUAGUGUCUUAUUUGAGAUUUUGUGUUUCUAGUUUCUUAUGAUAUCUGUGAUGUUACAGAAUAUUGAAAUGGAUUACCAUGUUACCUUUUUGUUUUAA